AUGGAGGAGACAACGCGUAUAGGAUUACUCUGAAUAAAUUGAAGAAAUCAGACCUCCGCAUAUAUAUUUACUGCAGAGGCCAGAGAGAGAGAGAGAGAGAGAGAGAGUGAGGGGGGGGGGGGGGGGGGGGGGGGGGGGAUGGAGAUGGACAUUUGUUCGGCUCUUCUCCAACACCAAGCAACUGUGGUUUAAGCAGACAAAAAGAGGAGAAUGGAAGCAAAUGAACAGGUGCCUGCAAUGAGUGAAAAGAAAAGGAGAUUCAAGAGGAUUUGUGUCUUCUGUGGGAGUAGAGCUGGAUACAAAUCUACAUUCAGUGAUGCAGCUCUUGAUCUUGGUAAACAACUGGUUGAGAGAAAAAUUGAUUUGAUUUAUGGUGGAGGAAGUGUAGGUCUGAUGGGUUUGAUCGCUCAGACUGUUUUUGAUGGUGGUUGCCAUGUACUUGGAGUAAUUCCUACCGUUCUCUUGCCACAUGAGAUAUCAGGAGAAACUGUUGGAGAAGCAAAGACUGUGGCUGAUAUGCACGAAAGGAAGUCGGAAAUGGCGAAACAUGCCGACGCUUUCAUUGCCCUUCCUGGUGGUUAUGGCACCAUGGAAGAACUGCUGGAGAUGAUAACAUGGUCUCAGCUUGGAAUCCAUGAAAAACCAGUGGGGUUAUUGAAUGUUGAUGGAUAUUAUGACUGCUUGCUUGCAUUGUUUGAUAAAGGAGUAGAAGAAGGUUUCAUAGAGGAUUCUGCAAGACAUAUUGUAGUCUCAGCAGACACAGCAGAAGAACUGAUCAAGAAAAUGGAGGAGUAUGCACCACUUCAUGACAAGGUUGCACCAAGACAAAGCUGGGAGGUGGACCAGUUAGAGUCUACCACAAGUGGGCUUAAUUUAUGAUCUAAUAUCCACCUUACCAAUUUGUAUAUGUUCAACAAAUAUUUGUAGUUUCAUCAUCUCAACAAUUAAAACAAGAAAAAAAAAAGAAUUAAUUAAUUAGUCCUCUCUUUCUUUCUCCUGUGGCUAUUGACUCUUUCAAAUGAACAGUUGCAUAUACAAGUCUCAAACGAGGGGAAGAAAGGGAUGAAAUUAGGGUACACUUCUGUAUCUUAUUUGCUCAUCAUUUUUAGGGUGUGGCCCUACAGGCUUGUCCACUUCUUUUCUUUCCUUUGUGGAAUGGAUCUUUAAUUCGUUUGUCACAUUCAGAUUUGUGGGUGGGAUCCUUCGGAUGUGUUUGAUUGUUCACUCAACUUGUGUUGUUUGUUGUGGAUCAACAUGUAUUACAUUUGGGUGGAACUUUUGGUUAAUGAAAUUAAUGGUCAAAAAGGCAUUCAUUUUGAUUA